AUGGUCAGAAGCAGUCUCUUGCUGCCGCUCGUCGCGGCGGCAUCCGCCGUCCAGGCCUACGUCCAGUCCCCCAAGACCGUCGCCGGUGCCUUCAUCGUCGAGUUGGAGGAUGGUCAGGAUGCCUCGGAGUUCCUCGCCAAAACCAAGGCUGACGCCGUCACCCGUAUGAACCUGAAUUUCACUCUUUUCAAGGGCGCCUCCAUCCAGUUCAACGACCUGGACACGGCCGACGCCAAGGCCGCCCAGCUGGCCCAGCUCCCCUCGGUCAAGAACAUGUGGCCCGUCCGCACCUACGGGAUCCCCGACUCCGAGGUCGUCUGGACGGGCACACAAGGGCGCGACUACGUCGACGUGAAGAAGCGCCAGCUCGGCAACGACACCUUCUCUACCCACGUCCAGACCCAGGUCGACAAGCUCCACCGCAACGGCGUCACCGGCAAGGGCAUCAAGGUUGCCGUCAUCGACACCGGCAUCGACUACCUCCACCCGGCCCUCGGCGGCUGCUUCGGCCCCGGCUGCCUCGUCAGCUACGGAACCGAUCUCGUCGGAAACAACUACGACGGUUUCAACGAGCAGGUCCCCGACCCCGAUCCGAUGGAUUGCGGAGGCCACGGAACCCACGUCGCAGGCAUCAUCGCGGCCCAGUCGAACCCCUUUGGGUUCCUCGGCACUGCCCCCGGCGUCACGCUCGGUGCUUACAAGGUCUUUGGCUGCGAGGGACAGGUCGGCAACGACGUCCUGAUCGCCGCCUACAACCGCGCCUUUGAGGAGGGCAGCAACAUCAUCACCGCCUCCAUCGGCGGGCCCUCGGGCUGGACGGACGAGCCCUGGGCCGCCACCGUCUCGAGGAUCGUCGAUGCCGGCGUUCCCUGCACCGUCUCCGCCGGCAACUCGGGCGACCAGGGCAUCUUCUUCGCCUCCACCGCUGCCAGCGGUAGGCACGUCACCGCCAUCGCCUCGUUCGACAACGCCGUCACCCCGGCUCUUCUCAUCGAGAACACCUUCACCGUCGCCGGUGGCGCCCCUAGCACCUUUGCCUACACCCCCGGCGAGCCUAGCGAGUGGGCCGGCGUUGAGCUCCCCCUCUGGGCCAUCACCACCGACUCUAGCUCCGACGCCGCCCUCGGCUGCGACCCUUACCCGGCUGGCACCCCCGACCUGAGCGGCAAGAUCGUCCUCGUCAAGAGAGGCGUCUGCACCUUUGUCGUCAAGGCCCAGAAAGCCGCUGCCGCCGGCGCCAAGUACAUCAUGGUCUACAACAACGUCCCCGGCGCCGGCUCCGUCAGCGUCACCGCCGUCCCCGAGAUCCUGGCCAUCGGCAUGACCACCCCCGACCAGGGCGCGGCAUGGCUCAAGUCCAUCGCCGCAGGCUCCGAGGUCGUCCUGAAGAUGACCGACCCCGAGAAGGCCGAGCAGAUCCUCACCCAGUCCGUCAACACCGCCACCGGCGGCUACGUCUCCAGCUACAGCUCUUGGGGCCCCAACUGGGACGGCCAGCAGAAGCCCCAGUUCGGCGCCGUCGGAGGCAACGUCCUCUCCACGUACCCCAGGGCCCUCGGCUCCUACGCAGUCCUCUCCGGCACGUCCAUGUCCUGCCCCCAGACCGCCGGUAUCGUGGCCCUGAUCGCCGAGGUCCGCAAGACCCUGGACCCCGCCACCAUUGAGAACCUCCUGUCCGCCCACGCGAACCCCGUCAACUUCAACUCCGGCAGCGGCCCCGAAGGCCUGCUUGCCCCUGUGUCCCAGCAGGGCGCCGGUCUCGUCCAGGCCUACGACGCCGCCUACUCCACCAUCCUCCUCAGCCACUCUAGCCUCUCGUUCAACGACACGGACAACUUCAUCCCCGAGCUCAACUUCACCAUCAAGAACACCGGCUCCGCGGACGUCUCGUUCGACCUGAGCAACGUCGGCGCCGCCACCGCCUACACCUUUGAGACCGCCGGCGACUUGACCCCCGCCCUCUUCCCCAACAACCUGACGGCCGAGCACGCCACCGUGGCCUUCAGCGAGAGCAAGGUCUCGGUGCCCGCCGGCGGCGAGGCCACCAUCCUCGUCACCCCUACCCCUCCCACCCUCGACGCCGCCCGCCUGCCCGUCUGGUCGGGCUACAUCGCCAUCAACGGCUCCGACGGCUCCAGCAUGUCUCUGCCCUACAUGGGCAUCGGCGGCAGCCUCCACAGCCACGUCACCAUGGACGAGGCCCUGAUGACCACCUCCACCAGCGCCACGGCCGCCGAGUACGCGCCCGUCGCCAGCAACUACACCUACGUCCUGCCGCCUCCCGGCACCGCCAACAAGACCGACGCCGUCGUCCCGGCCCUCGCUAUCGACAUGGUCUUCGGCUCCGCCCUAGUCCGCGCCGACCUCGUCCCCCUCACUACCUACCCCCCCAACAUCACCCACAAGGUCUUCGGCACCAAGACCCUCGGCCAGCCCCGCUCGUUCCCUUACACGUACACCUCCCGCGGCGUCUUCGCCGUCAACUGGGACGGACAGAUGGACGACGGCAGCUACGCCCCCGCGGGCAAGUACAAGUUCUCCGUCAAGUCCCUGCGCGUUUUCGGUGACGCCUCCAAGUUGGAGGAGUACGACGUCGCCGAGACCCAGCCUUUCCGCAUCAUCUACGGUGCCGCCAACGCGACGGCCCCUGCGAGACACUAG